AAAUUUUCGUAAGCCCCGCUUUGCAAUUCGUCCUGACCCAAAGCUCUCACAAUGGAUUACUUGGCCAUAGCGGUGGCACUGGUUGCCGUGGUUUCAUCCAUAGCCAUCAUCCAGCUCCUCACCAGAGUCAAGAAACCAUGUGCGGCCAACCUGCCACCGGGCUCCCUCGGCCUGCCGGUGAUCGGGCAGAGCCUUGGCCUCCUCCGCGCCUUGCGUAGCAACACCAACGACCAGUGGAUACAGGAGAGGAUCGACAGGUAUGGGCCGGUCUCGAAGCUGUCGCUGUUCGGCACGCCGACGGCGCUCAUUGCAGGGCCGGCGGCCAACAAGUUCAUGUUCUUCAGCAGCGCGCUGGCGACGCGGCAGCCGCGGUCCGCCCAGCGGAUACUCGGCAAGAACAGCAUCGUGGACCUCCACGGCGCCGACCACCGGCGCGUCCGAGGCGCGCUGCAGGAGUUCCUCCGGCCGGACAUGCUCAAGAUGUACGUGAGGACGAUCGACGGCGAGGUCCGGCGCCACAUCGAGGAGAACUGGGCGAACCGGGCGACCGUGACGGUGAUGCCGCUGAUGAAGACGCUGACGUUCGACGUCAUCUCCGCGCUGCUCUUCGGCCUCGAGCGGGGCGCCAGGCGGGACGCCCUCGCCGGCGACUUCGAUCACGUGAUGGAGGGCAUGUGGGCCAUCCCGGUGAACCUGCCUUUCACGGCGUUCAGACGGAGCCUCGAGGCCAGCGGCAGGGCUCGCCGGGCGCUGGAAGGGAUCACGCGGUAGAAGAAGGAGAAGGUGGAGGGGGGCAAGGCGUCAAGGAACAGCGACCUCAUCACCUGCCUGCUCAGCCUGACGGACGAGCAUGGCGAGCGGGUCCUGAGCGACGAGGAGAUCGUCGCCAACGCCAUAGUCGCCCUCAUCGCCGGCCACGACACGACGUCCAUACUAAUGACGUUCAUGGUCCGCCAGCUCGCCAAUGAUCCGACAACCCUCGCCGCCAUGGUCCAAGAGCAUGAAGAGAUCGCCAAGAACAAGGCUGACGGAGAGGCUCUCACCUGGGAAGACCUGGCCAAGAUGAAAUUAACGUGGCGAGUAGCGCAGGAGACACUUCGCAUGGUCCCUCCCAUCUUCGGCAACUUCAGAGUAGCACUCCAAGACAUCGAGUUCGACGGCUACUUCAUCCCCAAAGGAUGGCAGGUGCUUUGGACGGCAAACGCGACACACAUGGACGCCAGCAUCUACCACGAGCCGGCCAAGUUUGACCCGUCCCGGUUUGAGAACCAGUCAGCGUCGGCGGCUCCGCCAUGCUCCUUCGUCCCCUUCGGCGGUGGCCCGAGGAUAUGUCCCGGGAUAGAGUUCUCUAGGAUGGAGACGCUGGUCACCAUGCACUAUCUGGUGAGGCACUUCACAUGGACGCUGUGCUGUAAAUCAGACACCUUCGUCAGGAACCUCUUGCCGUCCCCGCUGCAUGGCCUGCCCAUCCAAAUCGAGCACAGGACCUCGGCUUGACCGGCAAUCUGAACUCGUAAUUAUACCAGCAUUGAGGUCGGUCGCAUACAAGCAUUUCAGUAUUUCAGCAUCAAA